AUGUUUGAAACUUUAGAAGAAACUUUGUCGAGGUACCCAGACACUCUUUUAGGAUGUCCAAAGAAGCGUGUUCAAUAUUUUGAUAAAAGAAAUGACGAAUACUUUUUCAACCGAAACAGACUGGCUUUCGAUGCGAUUCUGUUUUAUUAUCAGUCGUAUGGGAGACUAGUUAGACCCGACAUGGUGCCUGAGAAUGUUUUUAUCGAUGAGGUACGUUUCUUCCAAAUUCGAAGCUCUUACACUUCUACUCGAGAUAAAAUCGAGCGUGCUCUUUUAGGAAAAGACGAGGAUUUACCACAAAACCUCAUACAACGUAAGAUAUGGCUGUUGUUUUCACAUCCCGAAUCAUCAUACGCAGCAAGAGUUCUGGCAGUUUUAUCUGUUAUUAUCAUUCUUCUUUCGGUGGUUAUACCAUGUUUUGAGUCGUCAUCUGGGGCAUCAACUCUAUAAACAACAAUAGGAGCACGUUUUUCUCGUCUUUGGAGAUGGCCUGUUAUAUUUGGUUUACCUUCGAGUUAGUGGUUCGUUUUUGCAGCGCACCUCAUAAACUGCGGUUUUUUUUCGCUCAAUGCUUAACAUUGUUGACAUAA